AUGAUUUCCAGCAGGCAAACGCUAAGUUUUCUCGUUGCAGCGUUAGCAGCCGGCGUUAAUGCUCAUGGAGGGAUGGACGACGGUGGUAUGUCAAUGUCAAUGUCAAUGUCAAUGUCAAUGUCGAUGCCGAUGUCAUCGUCGUCAGCAUCCAUGUCCAUGCCAAUGGGACCAUCCAGCACUGGUGGAGGCAUGGCUAUGUCUACAGGCACAUCUAGCAUGCAUAUGCACAUGGACGAGUCAAUGGCGAUGAACUCGUAUCUAACUCCAAAAUACAUGAACUACCCGGUUCUAUUCGACCACUUGAAGGCCAAAAACAAGGCCCAAGCGUUCGGGAUUUUUGUUUUGAUCAUCGCCGCUGCUUUUGCCUACAAGCUUGUCCUCUUUACCAGUUGGUGUCUCGAGGUAAAAUGGUUCAAACAAUUGGAUCCGUCCUCUGCUGCUAAGACCAGUGCAGCGCAGGGCUCCGGCCCCGUGGAAGAGAACGACACAUCGUCGGCACUCGGUGCACAAGGUUACACGCAGGACCUGGAGUUCCAGUCCCAGUUUUUGCCCAAAGUGCCCAACUUGUUCGUGCAAGUGUUCUCGCCUUCCGUCAAAGACGUUUGCCAUGAUUUCGUCCGUUUGUUAUUGAUUUUUACCUCCACCAUGUUCAUUUACAUGCUCAUGUUGGUGGCCAUGACGUUCGUGCUCACCUACGUGUUUGCCGUGAUCCUUGGUUUGGCCUUGGCCGAAGUCUUUUUCAACAGAUGGAAAAUCUGUCUCAUUGCGAGAUGGGAGUUGAAAAGACAACUUGAAAGAAAGCGCAAUUGCAACGGCGGCGAAGUUUGUCCAUGUGAUGACGAUGAAAACGACCGUGAAGGUGCCAAUCAGACAGCGUUGUCCAGCGCCUCCAGCCGUGCCUCCACUGCAUUGGAAAAACCUACUCUUCCAGCGGAAAAGAAGGCCAAGGCUUCUUGCUGUUGCGCUCCAGAUUCUACCAGUCCUAACACAGAUCCUUGCAAGUGUGACGGAUCUGAAGCCGACAACGAGGCGUUCAAAGAGCGUCAAGCACGCGAAUUUUCUAGCAAUAAUGAACAGGUAGGAGCGAUGGACGUCAAUCUAAUUCCAGCCGAAAAGUUCCCAUGA